AUGACUGCUAGAGGUAAUAUAAAAAACUCUCGAAUGCAUUUUAAAUUUCAAAAUGAGUCGAAUACCGACUACAAAGGAACAAAACCAACAGCCGAGAAAUCAUCAAUUUUUGAAGUUCUGGCCUUAAUGAUUGUGCAUCUUUGCAAAAAAGUGUUAUUCUUUGAUACUAAUUUAAAAAUUGCAAUUUAUUUAGGUGCACUUUUUUUACUUUCACUUAUAGCAGACGUACUUACGUUUCCCAAAACAUACUUUUCGAGAAGUGAUAACAUUUUUAAUCAAUAUUUUGUGAAAAUUGGCUGGUUUUGGACACUAUUUUUGUCUGUGCCAUAUGUUGUACUCACAGCUUACACUAUUUGUUGUGGGAAGAGAAAAGUAAUUCUUACUUCUCAUUUAUCAAGAUUAUUAAUUGCUACUAUAUCAUGGUACAUGUGGACAACAGUUUUUAAUAUAAUAGAAACAAAAUAUGGCAGAUGCAAUUCAAACAAAUUUGAGAGCAAAGUAACCUGUUUGAAAAAUGGACAUUUCUGGAAUGGCUUUGAUAUUUCUGGACACUGUUUUAUAUUGAUAUAUUCCAGCCUAGUCUUGAUUGAAGAAGCUAAAGCUAUUAAUGGUUGGGAAAGAAUAAAAGAUUAUAUUAGAGAUGAAAAUUAUACAAGAAGUCAAAAUGAUAAAACACCAAGUCAAAACCCAUUGAGGAAUAUAAAACCUGAUGAUUUGAAUACUUUAAAGACUUCUUAUGAAAAGUUUACACCAUAUGUCAGGGCACUUCUCAUAGCAAUUACUUGUCUUCAACUAUUAUGGGAUAUAAUGUUAGUUUCAACUAUAUUAUAUUAUCAUAUUAUGGUUGAGAAGUUUAUAAGUGGAAUUAUAGCUAUAUUAUCUUGGUUUGUGACAUACAGGGUAUGGUAUACAAUUCCCAACAUUAUGCCUAAGUUGCCAGGACAAGGCCUGUUCAAGUACAAUAGUGAUAAACCAGUGCAAGCAAAUAUACCAACUCGAAAAAGAACUAGUUUAACUAAUAGCAAACAUUUUAUGGGUAUGCCCAUUAAUAAAAUCCAGGAAAAUGACACAACAGAAGAUAGUAGAUAA